CCCAAUCUUUCAAGCAUGGGGGGCCCGCUCGAUUUGUGGCUUGGACCACUCCUGCUUGGUAGCACCUUUAACACGCUGUUGCUCGGAUUUGUGAUUUUUCAAACUCAUCAAUAUUUCACGACGAAGCAUUCCGAUAGGCUAUGGGUUAGGUUCCUAGUACUGUAUCUCUUGGGCAUGGAAGUUUUCAUUGUCGCUUUGGAAAUUUACCUGGUCUGGAACUAUUGUGUAACCAAUUUCGGGAAUGUUGCUGCGUUUCACGCCACAACCUGGUCAUACAAUCUAGUCCCAACAGUUGUCGCCCUCGUAUCUCUUCCAGUCCAGCUUUUCUUUGCGCGGAGAGUUUGGAUCCUAACGAAGCGUCUUUGGUUUGCGGCGUUCAUAGCGAUGUGUUCUGCCCUCAUUCUUUUAUGCUCCAUUGGGAUCACGGUCAGCAACACGGUUAUCGAGAACUUCACGUAUCGUUAUCCCGUCGGCACAAAAGUUCUGAGCACCGUGGGACUCAGCCUACAUAUAUUGGACGACAUUAUGAUUACCGGUAGCAUGAUCUUCUACCUCCACUCACACAGGACGGGUUUGACAAGAUCUGACGCUCUUAUUACGGACAUGAUUCGAUUGACUGUACAAACUGGGACGGCGACUAUAGUAAUCGUCACCGCAUUGUUCAUUCUGGUGGAGAUUAACUCGUUUCGAUUCAUUAGUGACAAUGCGAGCGCCAUUUUCUACCUUCCUCUCUCGAAAUUUUACAGCCUCUCUCUCCUUGUUAAUCUUAACGCCCGGCAAUCCUGGAAUUUCCCUGAUGCAAUGGCGUGGGACUCGAACCAGUUCGGUUCCAUGCCUAGGCCCGGCGAUGGCAUUAUUGCCACUCGCAUCUCCCUCCCCCACUUGUCCUCGAAGCAGAUGCCUGCUCCAUUGCAGACCUCACAAGUGUCGCGCUCCUAUGACGCUGACUCCCUCACGGUCAGUAAUUCUUGAUGAAGUAGCGUUUUUCAGGUGCAGGCAUGGCCUGAGGGGCCAACAACACUUGAGGCACCGAGUAACAGGCGCCCUGAGCCACUGCCAUCAAAUAAGGAAUCCGGUUGACGAGGUCGAACCUGAUCUAAUACCGGUGCUAAUAUCCACGAUCGAUGAUUUGUGUACCACCUUCAUAUCUUUAUUAAAGUUCUGUCAUUUAGUUGAUUGUCACACGGAAAACAUUCUGCUCUGCAUCAGCUGGGGUCACAAGUGCCGCAUCGACAGUACUAUCCAAGUUCUUAUACUCUACGUACCUUACAAAACCACAUUAAGUCGGUCUAUCCUGGUGAAAGUGAAUGUGGAACACGGAUUCCAAAUAGGUCAUUCUACCUCAUACUUCCCAUCCUAUUCCGAUCCCGCGCACGCCUGGACGCCCUGUGUAAAUUCAUGAUCGCUUGCUUCACCUUCUCCAUCUGUGCACUGCUGACA